CUGUCCGGGUGGCUGGUCUCCUUGCGAUCCCGCAGGUGAAGAAGCCGGAUGUGGAGUUCCUGGGCUGGCAUGGUUACACGUGGUUGUGAGCCGGUUGGAAGUUCUGCCAAAUUCUUUUAAAUGAGGUUGCCGGUAGUUUAUGGGUGACAUACUGUAGAGAGGUCUGUAGCGAUGGAGGAUUUCUGGGUGGUGGUCCUGGCAGGGCUGAAGGUGUGGGUCUACCUCAUUGUGGCUCUUCUCAUGGUGCCUGCCAUGUUUGGCUUCUCCCUGGGCAUCUCUGAGACAUACAUGAAGAUCCUGGUCAAAACCCUUGAGUGGGCCACGUUGAGGAUCCAGACAGUCAACAAAGAGCAGCAUAUAAUCGAAUCCUCCUCAUCCAACGGCCUCAUCCAGAGGGAUGAUGGUUCUAUGGAGGAGGCUCUUGGGGAGUUGAGGCGCAGUCGCCCUAAACCACCAGUAGGAGGGGACUUCACACUCAGCGACUGUUUCUACUUCUACAGACGAGGCAUCGAAGACAUUGUAGAGGAUGAGGUGACCCAGCGGUUUUCAUCAGAGGAGCUGGUGUCGUGGAACCUGCUAACUCGCACCAACAUUGACUUCCAGUACAUCAGCCUCAAACUGACCAUGGUCUGGGGGCUGGGCGUGUUCAUACGCUACUGCGUCCUGGCUCCACUCAGGAUCACGCUGGCAUCUAUAGGCCUGACCUGGCUGGUGAUAGGAACCACUGCUGUAGGAUUCCUCCCCAACUGGAGGCUGAAGUCCUGGCUGAGCGAUUGGGUCCAUGUGAUGUGCUACAGGAUCUGUGCCCGAGGCCUCUCCUGCACCAUCCACUACUAUAACAAAGAAAACAGACCCAGAAAAGGAGGAAUCUGUGUGGCCAAUCACACCUCCCCGAUUGAUAUCGUAAUUCUCUGCAACGAUGGGUGUUACGCCAUGGUGGGCCAGUCACAUGGUGGUCUGAUGGGAGUGCUGCAGAGGGCCAUGGCCAGGUCCUGUCCUCACAUCUGGUUUGAGAGAGCUGAUAUGAAAGAUCGCCACCUGGUGGCCAAGAGGUUAACGGAUCACGUGAAUGACAACACAAAGCUUCCUAUAUUGAUCUUUCCAGAAGGGACCUGCAUCAACAACACGUCUGUCAUGAUGUUCAAAAAGGGAAGUUUUGAGAUUGGAGGAACAAUAUACCCAGUAGCCAUAAAGUAUGACCCUCAGUUUGGGGAUGCGUUCUGGAACAGUGCCAAGUACAACAUGGUGAGCUACCUGCUGAGGAUGAUGACCAGCUGGGCUAUAGUCUGCAACGUCUGGUACCUGCCAGCCAUGACCCAACAGGCAGGGGAGGAUGCUGUCCACUUUGCCAACAGAGUCAAGUCUGCCAUCGCACAUCGGGGGGGACUAGUGGACUUGUCCUGGGAUGGGGGCCUGAAGAGGGCCAAGGUGAAGGAUAUGUUUAAAGAGGAGCAGCAGAAGAUGUACAGCAGCAUGGUGGUUGGGAGUGAGGAGGACACCAGCAGUCACAGCGACUGACACCCUCCACUACCACAUCCCUGCCUGAUGACUGACUAAUACCGAUGACCACGGACUAGACUGCCAUCGUGUGGAUGGACCAUUCAGGGAUGUAACAUUGACAGUGUCUUGCAGACUGUAUGAUAACUGAUAAGCCAAUUCGCAUUAUAUUGGAAAGACUGUGUCAACACUAGUGCAAUGGAACUGUAAAGGAGAUGGGGUGGCAGGUCCGAUUGGAAUAGCUCUUUAUUGUGCUGCUGUAAAAAAUGGUUCUGCUAGGAAAUGACUAUGAAAUCCUGUUUGGCAUUCGAAUGAAUUAAUAACCUUGUGACCGUAUAACUUUUUGUUGUUUAAUCCCAGAGUUCUGAAUGUCAGAGUUUUGUUAUGCAUAUACGAUGACUGUUUAUUUUUUGUGUGAAUGUUUUUUCCCUCCCUUUAUGUUGAGCCCAGUAGAUCAAUCAAUGCUGCUAAUUGUUUGAAAAUAAACAUUAGUCUUCA